UAUUGUGUUAAAACCUUGUUCCCGCGCACCAGUUACAUUAUCGCCGUUUUCAAACGAGGUCGCGAGCGCGCGCACGCCGUCCGCGUUCACUUUCCGAGUGUUUGCAGUCUGUCAAAUGGCGUGACGUCACGGCUGGUGUAAAUUUAACUUUACAGUAGCUUUCAACGAGCGCGCGGGACUCUAUGUGAUCGCGAAACAUGGCAUAACGCGUCACACAUCGACAAACUCUAAGAAACGACAUCAAAGUCUCAACUUUUAACAACUUGAGAGGUUUUGGAGCGCGUGUUCCGGGUUUUAAGCUGACACCGUCUCUCUGUUCUGUCAGCCCAAGAGAGUCGCUUUCAAAAAGUUGGAGCGUUGCAGUCGCGUGUGCGCACGCAUGGGCUUGUUUGUGUAAACAUACAUGUAGUGUAGUUUUGGAGUCGAACCGGAGGAAGUGGAGCGGACCUCUCUGAUGCCAUGGCAAACUACAGUGAGGAACUGGACUUCAGGCUGAUUUUCGGGGAGAGCGCUCAUCAGCAGCCCUCGCUGGCCCACACGGAAUCCAGAUUGGAUAAUGAUGGCAACCGUUACCCCCUUUUUGCUGCCGGCCCUGACUAUCCCAUAGGACAACAGGACAGCUGUACAGCUCAGCCUAAUGUCAUCCCCCAUGCCGGUUAUAUUCAACCCAUGGAGUCCCCCAGCAGGAUAUUUGACUGUCCUAGCAUUCAGAUCACCUCAAUCCCAGCCAACUACCACCAAGACCUCGGUGCCCAACAGUUGGACCAACUAGCAGGUGCUUGCGGGGAAGAUGGUGCUUCAUCUCUAUCAAGGGACCAGCUAUUCCUCCCACUAGAUCAGUCCUUCAGGGACACAUUGUGUCCCAGCCCCUGCAGUAGCUUGUCUUCCCGUAGCUGGCUGUCUGACGCCUCGUCCUGUGAAUCGUUCUCGCACAUCUACGACGACGUAGAGGCAGAGCUAAAUGAGGCGGCAGCUAGAGUUCGUCUGGCUUCUCCUUUUAUGUCACCUCAGGGGUCUCCUCUUCCGUCCCCCCUCACUUCUCCCCAGGCAUCUCCUCAAGUGUCCCCACUUGGCUCCCCUUUUGGUUCACCAAGCUACGCGACUGCAUAUGGUGAAGACCCUUGGUACCGUUUUCAAAACCAGCAACAGCAGCACUUGCAAUAUCAAUACGCCCAAUCACUGUCACCCUAUCAGUCUCCACGCACAAGUGUCACAGAGGAAACAUGGCUCAGUCCCCGUCCCCAUUCCUCAUCCUCGCGGCAUUCCUCUCGGUCAAACUCGCCGUGUGGGAAAAGGCGUCAUUCCAGCGCAGAGGUCUUCCCUGGUUCGACAUCCCCUCACCUUUCCCCCAACGCCACACCCUCUCAUUCACCGAGGGGGAGCGUCACUGAGGAGACGUGGAUGGGAGGUGGGACAUUUCCCCCCAACCAGACUUUUCCAUUGGAUGUAGACAUCCCAUCUAAAACAAGGAGAACGUAUCAGACCAACCACAACCAGGAGCAAGUGUCUCUGCUGCUUGGUCAACAGGAUUCUGGUCUUCCAGACCAAGGUCUAGCGAUGUCUCUCCCAACUUUGAAGAAAGAGGAAAUAAUGGAACAUUUCUUAGCGGUCCCAAGGCAGUUCCCUUGGGCUAAACCCAAGCAAGUCAGCACUCCUUUAUACAGGUCCACGUCCUUACCUCCAUUGGAUUGCCCACUUCCCAGUCAGUUCGGUCAGUUUGAGCUCAAGAUGGAGAUUCAACCGAGGCCUCACCACAGAGCCCAUUAUGAGACGGAGGGCAGUCGUGGGGCCAUUAAGUCAGAAUGUGGAAGACACCCUGUCGUAAAGCUCAUUGGCUACAAUGAGAAAGCAGUGACCCUCCAGAUGUUCAUUGGGACAGCAGACGAGCGGUACAUCAGGCCACACAUAUUCUAUCAGGUGCACAGGAUUACUGGUAAAACUGUAGCAACACCCAGUCAGGAGACAAUGUUCAGCGGUACCAAAGUUUUGGAAAUACCUCUCCUCCCUGAAAACAACAUGUGUGCCAGCAUUGACUGUGCCGGAAUCCUAAAGCUACGGAAUUCCGACAUCGAGUUGCGGAAGGGGGAAACUGACAUCGGACGUAAAAACACGCGAGUGCGUGCCGUAUUCCGUGUCCAUAUCCCACAGCACAAUGGAAAGGUGCUCUCACUGCAGGUGGCAUCUGUACCCAUCGAAUGCUCUCAACGCUUAGCUCAGGAACUUCCCCAGGUAGAAAGCUUUAAUCCCACCUGUGGUUCUGUAACUGGAGGAGAAGAAAUGCUCAUCACAGGCCCAAACAUCAACCAAGACUCAAUAGUCAUCUUCUUAGAAAAGAGCACAGAUGGUAAAACACAAUGGGAGGUUGAUGUGAAAGCUAUACAAGAAAAGAGUAAUAAUACAAGCAUUGUGGUGAAGAUUCCUCCGUAUUACAAGAAACCCACAGCUUCCUCCACCCAGGUGCUGUUCUAUGUUAGCAAUGGAAAGAGGAAGAGAAGUUCAUCACAGUUCUUCACUUAUCUAUCAGGAGUGCAAGUGAAGCAGGAGUUUAGUGUGGACACCAAUACUCUUGAGGAUCAUUCUGCCUCCCGCACCAGUGGGGAUCAAAUUCCGUCCAACCAGGUCCAACCCCUUGAGCAAUGGCUGCUGUCCAGAGGAUCCGUCUGUGCCCCAUCGUCCGCCCAUCUCAGUUACUCACCUCAGGAUGCUUUGUAUCUUAACCUUUCUCAUCCGACCGGCAGCACUGGAGCAGACCAACAUCCUGUGUUUCACCAACAAACAGUAGACUUGGAGACUUUGUACCAAAAACCUCAACAAAACCUGUCUUACAAAGGACAACCUUGUCUUCCAAGUGGUGGUGGUUCUUUCCAAAACUUUUCAGAUCAGGCAAGAUCUCAACCAGCCAAAGGUUACCAGGACAUGCCUUCAAAACACAGCCGUAAUCUCCACAACUUUGGACCCAGCCAGUCUCUGAUAACUAACCCAAGUGUCCAUGGGUCUGAUCUGCCCUCUUUUGAUUCGAUGCAAUUCCCAGAGUCCUCCUCUUCCGAGAUGUUGUCUGUUUCUCUUGCUAAAGUGCCUUCUAACUCGACUUCUAUCAAGGAAAGCUUGAUGGACCCUGAUCCCCACAAAGUCCCCACAUCACUUAAGGCAGGUGGUAAAAGUGUGUCCACAUUUGAUUACACAUCUUCACAAGGUGAAGAGAGCCUAAACAUUAAACAGGAGCCGGAGGAUAAAGAGCUGACCUUUCAGACUAUUGGACUACAGGAUAUCACUCUUGAUGAUGUAAGUGAGAUUAUCGUCAGAGAUUUGUUCGACACUCCAGAUUCAGGGAAUGCCAGCAGCAUGCCGUAGCUCUACUCUCAUGAACGAAAAGGAAAAGUGAAUGGAAAUUAUGCAUAUGACUUACAAGUACUGCAAAUAAAAAAUGUGGACUCAUUGUUGUAACAACAUCCUCGUACUAUUUACUGCAUCUGAAGAAAGUGUUUUUUUUUUAAUUAACGAUACCAUGUAAAAAGUUUCCAUAGAAAAGAGUGCAUAAAUACUGGUCAUAUCAAAUGUGAAUGUAAAAUGUUGACCAGCCAUAAUUUUUUUUCAGUAAGUGCCUUAAAACCUCACUUGCCUUUCAGUGAUCCUAUUAAAAUGUUUCAGUUGUCUUAAUUUGGAGUUUUAAUGUAAUUAAAAUUCUUGCAAUUUAUGAUAAAGCAGUUUAGAAUAAAUGAUAAAGAAAACUACACCAGCAUGUAGCAUAUAAUGCACACCCAAUGUUUCAAUCUGCUGAAUCUCACUUUAAUGAACUGUGAUACCUGUUUAACAUCUCAAUAGAUUAUAUUCUCAUAAUUUUCAUUGCCUGGUCGUUUUUUAAAAUGACUUUGUAUUUAUGAAUUUUUACUUAAUAGAAGAAAUUGGAUAUUUUGUGUGAUAUUUUCCUUCAAAUGGAACUUUAUUUAAAUUUCACAUGAUUAAUUUGUAUUUUUGAUGUAAAUAAAACUGUUCAAGGUAUGAAAAAACACAUUAAAA